AUGGCAGGCCUCAAAACAAUCAUCGCUCUUUCCUUCGUGCUCGCCAUUGGUUUCUUGCUCGUCAUCCUCUCGUCGGCCUUGUGGCACAAUUAUCUGCCUCUGCUGGUUGUUGCGACCUAUGUUAUCGCCCCUGUCCCCAACUGGAUAUGCUCACGCGCCCAGUCCUCCGAUGACUUCAUGGAUGGAGGCAGCAAUGCGAUCGUCGAGCUUGGUCGCUUCAUAACAGGCUUCUUGGUCGUCAUGGGUGUUGCCCUGCCCAUCGUCCUCGCCCACACGGGUCAGAUCAGUGUCCCUGCCGCCGCCAUGUCGAUAGCAGGCGGUCUCCUCAUCUACUCGACCAUCAUCAGCUUCUCGCUUUCCUUCCGCGAGGACGAAGAGUUCUGA